CCCUGUCCCUUCUUCUCGUCACCAUCCAUCAUUCUCUCCCUCACCCACGGUCGGAACUGCUCCUUUAAGUGCGGCAGUGACGUCAAGGGCGGACACAACUGCCGCUGGCGCCCAGCCCGGGGACCACAGCCGGUGGAGGGAACACAGCUGCACCGCGGCCGCACAGUGCCGGUGCCGCAUGGCUCCGCCCCGCGCCCUCCGGGACCUGACCCUAACCCUGGUGGCUGCGGUCGCCGCUCUCGGCUCCCUUCUCUUCAUCGCCUGGAAGAUCUACUUCCGCGGCACCGGCACCGGCACCGACUGGAGCGGCUGGUGGGAGCGGGAGCUGCAGGAACUGCGGGAACGAGAACCCCCCGGUGACACGGUGCCCUGGCGGCAGGUGCUGGUGCUGGGGCUGGACGGGGCUGGGAAGAGCAGCAUCCUGCACUACAUCUGCAGCCAGACAGCCAGGAAGAGCAUCGCUCCCACCUACGGCUUCAACUCUGCCCAGCUCUGUGUAGAGGGGCUGGAGCUGGACUUGCUGGAAGUGGGUGGCAGCCAGAACAUGCGAGCGUACUGGCAGCACUACCUGAGCCAGGCCCACGUGCUGGUGUUUGUGGUGGACUCGGUGGACAGGGCGCGCUUGCUGACGGCACGUCAGGAGCUGCACGCGUUGCUGGAUGCAGAGCCCCAGCUGCCCCUGGUCGUGCUGGCUAACAAGCAGGACAAGAGCAAUGCCCUGAGCACGGCAGAGCUGUGGGAGGAACUGGCCUUGCACACGCUCAGUGGUCAUCGCGAGAUCUUCCUCCUGCCCACCAGUGCAACCUGGGCUAGCCUAAGCACCACCAACAGUGUCCUCCAUGUGAAGAACCUGCUGGUCACUCUGCUCUCUCAGUCCUGAGCCCACACGGGGGCAGACAAGCUUCCACCUCUGACAUGGCUUCCCAGAGGUCCAUGGUGCAAGGAUGGAAGCAGUUAUGCAGACUUGCUGGUAGCAGGCUGCCAGUGCUGGAGUGUUUGCCACUCCACAAGGUUUUGGGUUGAGCUGUAGCACAGAUGCCUUUAGGGAACACAAACAGCAGUCUCUGCUCUCUGCCACAGGGAGAGGGCAGCUGCCUCCCCCAGUUCAGGGACAAAAUCUUUGGGAUGGAGGCACAAGCAUGGCUCUUACCUGUUGAACAGGAAAGUGCAGCACAGGGCAGGGCCCCACACCUUCACAGCAGCCCUGCAGGAUUUAAAUGAAUGGGGCUGAACAAGCAAGCCUGCCUUUUCACCAGCUGCCAUGAACAUUUCCUCCCAGGAGACAGCUCAGGCUGUGCUCCACUGGGGCUGAGCACAAUACCACAAACUCUACUCAAAACCCUGUUUACGAGAUGAAGGCAGGUACCGGGCUGUU